AUGACUUCUACUGAAGGUUCCACUGAAGUCGCCGAGAGGUAAUUUUUUUAUUUAAAAUUUUCUCAUAGUUGGAACAUUAUCUAAUAAUUUUGUAAUUUAAAAACUAACAUAUGUCUUUACUUACCUUGUCAUUAGUUAAUUAAAUAUUGAUAUUUAGUGAAAUAUACUAAAUAAUAUUAUAAUAAUAUUAUUUUUCUCAAUGGAUAGGUUUAAGUACACACAUUUCUGAAAAUGGCUAUCCUAUUUAUAAUAGAAAUUCAAACUAUCAAAAACAAUUGUUAUCAAAAUUUAAGAAUUUCUAAAACAGUAAUUUGAUUUUAUCAUUAUUAUUUUACUAGAUGUCCUGCAUCGUUUAAUCUGUGUCUUGAUGGCAUAUAGAAAAAAAAAAAACCAAAAAAUUAUUUUGCCAUUUUCACUCGGAUCAUAUCUUGGUUGUUGCCAGUAAUUUAUUUAUUUGUUAAAAGUUUUCUUCCCCAUUUGUAACAACCAAAUCGACUAGUAACAAUUAUUUUUUCAUUUGUAUUAUGAAGGUAAUAUAUAAAUAAAUUUAAAAAAAACAUAUGGGUGGACCACUGUUGUAGAUUAAAAGUUUGAAGGGUGAGGAGAAAUUUAAUGAAUAUCUGUGUGCAAAAAUAAACAUUCUGAAUGAAGUUUGAUUAUAUAUAUUUUGAAAGACCAUAUUUAUGAUUUUGUAAAUAUUUCCGUUAUUCCCAUUUAUUAUGAAAACAACUGGGAAAAUCAAAAAAAAGUUUACUGAAAGUGCCACCCUAUCAGAUUUCCUUUCAGAAAAAGUGCUACACUUAAAAAUCUGAUCAAAAUUUCUGGAAGAAAAGUUGCUUUGAAAAAAAAAUAAACAUUACAACCAUUACAUUUUUCGCUCCUCUCAAAAUUUAAAAUUAGAUUUUCGUACAUAUAAUACUAAAAACCCUGUGUGUUGCCCUUGAGGGGUUCAGAAAUCUUCAAAGAAAUCUUGCCUGAAGUGUGUAUAGACCUGUUCAACUGCUUAUACAUGUAAAUUUUCAAACCUCAGUGUUUUAUUGAUUUAUCUGUAUGUUGCACAAACAGACAGUUAUUUUAUUUUAUUUUUAUUCUUCACAAAGUUAUUUUUUCUAUUUCAUUCAUCUCACGGAAAAUACUUUGGUAGUUAUUGGUACUACUUUAUCAAAGUAUGGAAUUAUUUUAAUAUGAUAGAUAUUAAAUACUUUCUCAUAUUAUUUAAAUAUACAUUUUAUUUAUUCCUAAGCUAUUUUAUUUUGUUUAUCUAAUAUUAUUAUUAACAUUGAGUUUAAAAGAAUAGGUUAUGUUUUGACUGUUCCUACAAAAAGGUUUAUUUAAAAAGGUAUAAAAGGUAUCUCUACUCAUCCAAAUAAAUUAAAUUAGAAUUUGGAAAAAGUUAGGUACAAUCUUUUUUGUUGGAGCAGUCGAUUAAUGUAUGCAAUGUCAAGGUAUUUUUUUUUUAUCUGUAAGCAUUUUUUACCAGAAGACUUGCUAAGAUUUCUAAGUGUAGCAUCUUUUCUGAAAGGAAAUUGGCGUGGGAAGGUACAUUAUAGUGAUCAUUUUUUGAUUUUCUCAGGCAUUUUCUUGAUGUGUAAAACUGAAAAAAAAAUACCUGGAAAAUUUAACCUUAAGAUUUUUUUUGUGGACAACUUUUCUACCAGCAAUUUUGUUCCGAAUUUUAAUGAUAGCAAUGUUUCUAAAAGAAAAUUUCACUAGGGAGGUACUUUAGUGAAGUAAUAUUUCGAUUUUCUCAGGAGUUUUCCAAGCAAAUGUAAAAAAACCAGGAUAAAACAUGGGGAAACUGGGAAAAGUGUAGGAAUACUCGGAAAAGCAGUACAACAUUAAACAAAUAUUGUUAAAGAAAAUAUAUAGAGUCUAUUUAUUUAUUUUAUUUUAAUGUGACCUAUAUAUUGUUGACAAAGCAACACUAUCAAUCAAAUUUCGUUCAAAAUUGUUUUUUGUAAACAAUGGUUUAUUGUUGUUUACAGAUAUACAUUAAAUUUCUGUCUGUAUCCUACCUUUCCAACUUUCCACCUACACCAGUGGCUGUACCUGUCCCUAUUAUCUUGCCUUGCUUUUGUAUAAAUAGUUUUAGUUUAUAUCACAGCCUAAGAUAUAUCUUAAUCCAUAGUUUGUAUUAAAUUAACAUAACAUUUUAUGAUUCUAUUAAUGGUACUAUUAAAAUUAUAUUUUAGCGAUCAAGUUAAAUCCAAAAAUCAAUUAAAGAAAGAAGAGAAACUUGCAGCUAAAGCCAUGAAAAAACAGCAGUUUAAAGCAACAAAUGUAAAUGAUCUAAUUAAUUUGAUAUGUUUUAUUACUAAACAUUGCAUGAAUUAAUAUAAAUUGUUAGAUGGUUUUUUGCAUCCCCUAAAACCUUUUUAUAAUAGGAUUAAAUUAAAUUUAAUUACAAAUUUAUUUGUUAGGAAAAAAUAUUAUUAAUAUUAUGAAAUAAUUAAAAUAAAUUAUAUUACAUUCACUUUUUUAAAUAUUAAAUUUAUUAUUAUUAAGUAGAUACAAAUUAACAAAAGGGUCGGCAUCGCUUAGUUCUAAUCAAUUUUUUAAUAUUUGGCGAUUACUGUGAUAACUCCCUUCUCAGGUCACAUUCCACUAAUAUUUGUCACGCCUUCCACAGGCGUCCCCUCAGGUUUAAAACCACUGGUCUAUUGUGUCAAAAGUUUUAGCCAAGUCAAGAUAAACUGUUACACAUUUUAUAUCAUUAUUUAAUGCAGUGUACAGCUUCAUUGACUUUAGAAAUAGCUUGGUCAGAAAUUUUUUUUGUCUAAACCCGAAUUAGGAUGGGUAGAGAGUAUCAUUAGUUUCAACGUAGUCUUGUAAUUCUUUUUAUCUGAAAAUACCAAGCUAAUUAUUGAUGUAUUAAAAAUGUGUAAUGGUUUUAAGAGUAUGGAUGAGUUAAUUUUAAUCAUUUCAACCAUAAUGUCAUGCCCAGGUGCAAAACUGUUUUUUAGAGUCCUAAUUGCUUCUAGGACAGUAGUGUCAUUAAAUACUUUAAAAUUACUGAGUCGGUGGAAAAGGUUUUUUGUUGGUUUAGGUGUUUUAUUUUGGUUUAAUAUUUUUUUUUAAAUUUGUUAUCUUGUUUGAUAUGGAAAUUGCUACGUUAAUAAAAUAGUUAUUUAAGGUCUUUGCAAUUUCUUUCGGUUCUUUGUUGACGGAUAAAAAAUUUCCUUGUCAUUUUUGAUGGAUGAAACUUGAUUAAUUUGAUUGGAAUAGUUGGUAGCUUCGCUAAUUAAUUCCCAGCAUCACUUAAUAUUAUUUCUUGCUUUCAGUAUUUUUGUCUGAUAGUAGUAAUGUUUUGCUUUUUUGAUGGUUUGUGUUAAAGUAUUUCUAAAAUGUUUGUAAUAUUGGACCAGAUUAGUAUUAUUAUCAUGUUUCUUGACUUGGGAGUGAAGGUAAUCUCUACGUCUAAUAAAGAUAAUAAUUUCUAUAGUGGCCUAUAGUUUGAUUUUUUUUUGUUUUAAACGAUAUAGAUAUUUUUUCAGUGGAUUCGGUAAUUAGAAUAUUAAGUUAGUUAAUUAAUUUUUGUGCGCAGGAAUUUGCAUCUGGAUCAUUAAUUAUAUCUCCCCAACUUUGUAAAGUUUUUUGGUGAAUAUAUUGUGGUUAAAUUUAGUAGGGUUUCUGUAGGGUUAGGUGGAUUGUUACGAUUAUUAGAAAUAAGGUUUAUAUUUAAGAUUAUAGAAUAGUGGUCUGUUAUAGUAGUAUAAGCCACAUAUGUUAUACAUUUUUGUAGACUCAAUGAUUUAAUUAAAAUAUGAUCUAUACAUGAAUCUAUACAUGAGUUUUAUUUUGGCAGGUAGGGCUAUUGACAGUAAUAAUGAUCAAAAUAAUUUUAUUAACUAAGCUAAGGUAGUUAUUAGUAGUUUCAUUAUUAAUUUUUAUUUAUUUAUUAUUAACAUAUUAUAGUCAAUGUUCUGGAGCUCUAACCCUGCUUCAGUUAUAUUAAUUAUAAUUAUUUUGAAAGUUGAACUAUCUAAUAAGAUGUAAAGUUCCUCGAAAUUUUUGGCUACGCUGCGUAUAUUUAACAAUAAUAUAUUUAAGGAAUUUCUAUUGCUUAGAUUUUUGUUAAUCACAGUCCACACAAUGUUUCAUAUGAAUUAUAAUUUUUAUUGUUAACUAGUUCUACGUCAAUUAGGGCCAUAUAAAUUAAGGAUUGAGAUAAUUCCGAAUAGGAGAUUGUGUUGUGAGAAAAACCAGUAAAAUAGUUGAACAAGCCGCAGAUAAUAGUGACGCGAUUAAUACAAUUUAUAUAAAUACAAUCAAUGAUAUUAACAUUAUUGUUAUUAUUAUUUGACAUAAAGAAAAAUACAUACAAAAUGAGAAAGGUAGACAAUAUAACAGAAAUGAGAUAAAGGAUUAUUAAUAGUGUUUCCAUAAUAAAAUAUUGGAUAAUUGUAUCUAGGAAAUAAAUACAAUAUGUGCAAUAAAGAUUAUAGUGUACCAAGUUUUUCCUAAUACAUACCAUUCAGGCCUUCCAGUCAUUCUCUCUUCGUCAAGUAACAUUUGCGCCAUUAUAUGCCUCAAACUUCUCUUUACAUAAAGACCUAAAAAUCGAAAUAGUCUCUAUUACAGUUAAAAAUUAUUAUAAAAAAUUCCACUACAAAUCACUCAACUACAUAAAUCCACUAGUAUCUAACUUGGCCAGUAAAUGCAUCCCAAGCAACCCCUUCUCCUCAUGACGACUAAAAAGACACUGGUGUCGUGAUCUUUUGAAUCUCAAUCCUAUUUAAUUAACAAACUUUUCUCCUAAAGUUAAAGAAUUUCCACACUGGUGGUUUUCCUCCCUUACGCCUCUUCAUGUUAUUAAUAUCCAUUAAGUUCCCAUAUUUAUUUAUUGUAUAUUAAUAUUACAGAUUGUACAUUUACUUUUUUUAUGUAAUAAAAAAAAAAAAGAUUAUAGUAAAAUAGUAUAAUAAUAAGUGGUUUCAAGAGGUAGCUUCAUUGUCAAUAACUAUAGCUAUAGAAACAUCAUUCUCAUGUUAGAAUACUUUUCCCUCCGAAGUUCACACAUAUUUGAAGUCAUUACAUUUUUAAAGUCUCUCGCUUGUUUAAAUAACAUGUUUUUUUCAGGGACUCGGUUCUCUCCGACAUAGAUCGGUGAGUCAGAGUUAAGACUCAGGAAUUUAGAAGAAAAUGUCCUUUUAAUUUUAUGAAUUUUUAGAAAAUUUUUCGAUUUAAGACAAAUUUAACCAGUAACCUAGGUUUGUGGUAGGGCACCGAGAUUUUAUCUUGUAGCAGUCUUUUAUCAUGGAAUCAAUAAUUUUAAGAUUUAGUUCAUUUACUAUACUUCUGACUUUUUCUAGUAUAUUUUCAUUAGGGAUUUCCAAAACACCGUCUAUAAUAAUUUUUAUAAGGUUUUGCUCAAGGUUAACAAUUUUAGAUUUAAGAAGAGAAAUAGUAUUAGUUAUUAGAUAUUUUCAGUUAUUGCUUUAUUUAGUUUGUCUUCUGAUCUAAAAUAUUUAUGUCUCGUUUAAACAUUAAAAUAUCAACGCUAAGGCACAGAUAAUCUUACUUUUAAGUAGUAGGUGCAAAUAUAAUGCCAUGCAAGUAUUAUGUCCUUGUAAAUAUUUUACAUACAUUUUCAUAACUGAAAGAUAUUUUUGUUUUAUCCAUUUUAGAUAUUUAAUAAUAGAUAAUACAUCUAGAUACUAUGAAUUUUUAUUACAAAAAAAAAAAAAUAUAUUAUUUUUAUUUUUAUCAACCCGUAACUUGGUCUACAACUUCAAUUCUCUAUUCUGAUCAAUUGUUCAAUUUUUUUUAAGUUCUUUAAAUACCCUGUCUCUUACAUUUGUUUUAAUUUGCUCUAUAUAAGAGAUGUGAAGACCACCUCCAGUUAUCUUUCCUUCUAUCAUAACUAUUGUAAUUAUAUUAUGUGGUUUAUCUUGGUGUCUCCUGACAUGUCCAAUCAUUUUCCAACAUUUAUUAUGAUUGCAUAUGUAUGUAAAUUUUUCUUUUAAUAUUCUAAGUACCUCAUUGUUUGAUUUUUUCUUUAUUCAACUUAUUCUUUCUAUACAUCUUUCACACUUCAUUUAGAUCAUUCUAUUUUUUCUUUUCAGUGUGAUUUAUGAUCUAUGUUUCACAUAUAUAUGUUUUAAUAAAUCACUUCUUGAUAUUGAAAUGUAUCUUUUUUAAAGUGAAUAGUUUUUACUAAAAUUUGUACAUUGUUUUGUUUCUUAAAUGGUAAAUAAAACAACGUAGAUGUAAAAAAAAAUAUAUAUAUAUAUAUAUAAUAAUUAUCUUAUUUUUAAUACUAUAUUAUGCUUUAAAAAGAAAAUAUCGAAUGACCUGCAAGAAUCUGAAUUGGACAUCUCAAUCUCCAGAUAUGGAGUAUUAAAAAUGAUUCAAAGUUCAAAAACCGAUAUACCAAAUAGAAUUUUUGUUGAUGUCAAAAACCUCACUAGUGUGUUAGCUAAUAAUAGUGUUUGGAUACGUGGAAGACUUCAUACCAGUCGUGCUAAAGGCAAUUAAAAAAGUUUUGUUUUUAUUUUCAAUGGAUAUUAAUGUAUUACUCUUUAGGUAAACAAUGUUUUAUGGUAAUUAGACAACAGCAAUGGUCUAUUCAAGUAUUAGCCGUGGUAUCUGAUACUACCAGUAAACAAUUUGUGAAGUUUUGUUCCAAGUAAGCAAAAAAAAAAUAAAAAAACAUGGUAUCAUUUAUAAAUAAUCAAUGUACACUUUAUUAUUUAUAUUUCUAGUAUUAGCAAGGAAUCUAUAGUGGAUAUUAAAGGUAAAGUUACUAAAACACCUUCUAAGAUUGGAUCAUGUUCACAACAAGAUGUUGAAUUACACAUUGAAGAAUUAUGGGUAGUUAGCCAGGCUGUUAGUCAACUUCCUUUACUUAUUGAAGAUGCAUCAAGACCUGUUAAAGGGGGCGAUGAGGUAGUUUAUGUACACUUAAACUUUUAUUAUUUUUUAAAUUUUUAUUGAGGAAAUUAACUAUCUGUGUGUUCCUUGAUAACCUUGAUUAUCAAUCAUUUGAAACACCAGAUUGUUCAUCUGAUUGAAUGUUAAGGAACACCGAUUUAUAUUAAAACACAGAAUGUUUUAUCACUUGAUCUAAACAAUUAUUUGAUAAUAGAUGUUAACCUGGUAAUAUAUAAAUGUAUUAUAUUAUAUUAAAAUAAAUUAUGAUAUAAAUAAUAAAUAAAUAUAAUAUUGGUAUAUUUUAAUGAACAUUUUAAAAUGUAAAACGGAAAAAAGAAACGUUAUAGCUAAAUGUUGAUAACACCACAUAAUUUUGAUAACUCAUUUCCAUCGUUUAGCAAACAAACUAUUUUCUUGAUUGAUGAUCCAAUGCAUCGAGAAGUAAUUUGAUUAGUAAUCAGAUUAUUAGAACUUGAUGAGGAACAUCGAAAUCCUUUGGAUUGUUUAUCUGAUUGAUAAUCCAGCUUGUCAAAAAACACAUGGUAUAUAGAAACAGAAUAAUGAUCAAAUCUGUUAUAAACGUGGUGAGGAUUAUGGUAUGAAGUCCAAUAUUUAAUUCAAAUAAUUUUUUAACUAGAAUAUGUAUUCAGUGGCCAGUGGCCGCUUUGUUUAUGAAUGUUUAAAUCUGUAAAGUUUAUUAUAAGUGUUACAUAAAUAAAUCUUUGGAUUAAAUUAGAGAGACUACCUAUAUCAAUAGAGGACGGCCAACUCGGGAACACAUUUCUAUUGGUUGACACAUUAUCAGUCACUGUGACACUGAAUUUAAUGCAAAACUAAAUUUUUUAUGUACAAUUGUUAAGGGAUUAUUUAUUUUAUAUUGCAAAUAUAUUUUAGGAUCAAGGUCUUAAUAUUAAAGUCAAUCAAGAUACAAGGCUAGAUAAUCGAGUAAUUGAUCUACGUACCCCUGCAAAUCAAGCUAUUUUCCGCCUUGAAGCUGGAGUAUGUAAACUUUUCCGAGACAUUCUCACUGAGAAGGUAAAUUUAAUAAAUAUCUAAUCAGUAACUUGUGUUUGCAAUAAUAGAAGAUUAUAUAUUUAGAAUUUUAUACAUUUUUUAAAUAAAUUGUAUAUUAUAAAUAAUUAAAAUGUCUUUCAAUUCAGGGUUUUGUUGAAAUUCAUACACCCAAGAUGAUUAAUGCGGCAAGUGAAGGUGGUGCAAAUGUGUUUACGGUGUCAUAUUUUAAAGGAUCUGCGUACCUUGCUCAAUCGCCCCAAUUAUAUAAACAAAUGGCAAUUUCUGGAGACUUUGACAAAGUCUUCACAAUAGGUGCAGGUAUUACAAGUAUUUUAUUAAUAUUAUAUGUUAUGCAAUAUUUAAUUUUGAUCUUUUAACUUGAGAAAAUAUUAUUUUCAGUUUUUAGAGCUGAAGACAGCAACACGCAUAGGCAUUUGACAGAAUUUGUUGGUUUAGAUUUAGAAAUGGCUUUUAAGUAUCAUUAUCAUGAAGUAGUCGACAUUAUUGGCUCACUUUUUACCAAUAUAUUUAAAGGACUACAAAACAAGUAAAUAUUAUAGUUCACUUUGAAAUAUUAAAUUAGUGUAGUUCAGUCAAACUAAAUAAACAAUUUUAAUUUUAAUCCAACUCCAUAUUGAUAUUAAAGUGGUUUUAAUUUUUUAUAAAUAUAUAUUCAAAUGUAAUUUUUUUUUCUGAAAUUUGAAGUAUUAAUUUAUAUAUUUUUAAUUCUCAAUCAUUAAUAAACUAAUUACAUUUUAUAAUUAUUUUGUUUAUUAUAGAUAUCAAAAUGAAAUUAAAACUAUUUGUGAUCAAUAUCCAGUUGAACCAUUUCAAUUUUUAGACCCACCACUAAAACUUGAAUUUCAAACCGCUGUUAACAUGCUUCGCGAGUCUGGUGUGGAAAUGGGCGAUGAAGAUGAUUUAUCAACACCAAAUGAAAAAUUACUUGGACGUCUGGUUAAAGCAAAAGUAUAAUUAUUGAUUAUUAAAUUAAAUUUAUAUUUUAACAUUAUAAAUAAAUACUAAUAAAUACUAUUUUAUAUUUUCUAGUACGCUACAGAUUUCUACAUUUUAGAUAAGUUUCCUCUUGCUAUACGACCUUUCUACACAAUGCCCGAUCCAGAUUCAAAAGUAAAUUAUUAGUAUAAUUGUAAAAUUUAGUUUCUUUAAUUUUACAAAUAUUUAUUUCAUUAAUAUUAGGUUGCUUCUAAUUCGUAUGAUAUGUUUAUGAGAGGUGAAGAAAUUUUAUCUGGUGCUCAAAGAAUACAUGAUUCUGAUUAUUUAAUUGAAAGAGCUAAACAUCAUGAAGUUGGUAUGUGUACACUACAUUUUUUUAGAUUAUAAUAGAUGAUAUACUUAAUUUAUUUAUUACUAAUAUGAUUGUUUCGUUUAGACGUUGAAAAAAUUGCUGCUUAUAUAGAUGCUUUUCGUUAUGGUUGUCCACCACACGCUGGUGGUGGUAUUGGAUUGGAGAGAGUUGUUAUGUUAUAUUUGGGCUUGGACAACAUUAGAAAAACAUCAAUGUUUCCUCGUGAUCCAAAACGACUUGCGCCAUAA